AUGACACAGUCUGCCUCCAAUCGUCAAUCGCUCUCUCUGUUCAUACUCUCCGGCCAUCUCUUUCUCGGAUUUCGCAUUUCUCCUCUCGAUUGCGCUCCUAAUCGUGUUUGGAAAAUGGUGAAAAACGGAACCGCCGCAGAUUCAAAGGCGAAGCCUGCGACGCAGAGGAAGAGAAGUCUUCCCGAGGACAACGUAUCAGAUGAUGAUACCGUCACUAGGAGGAGGCCGAAGCGAGUCGCUGCUGUCAAAAACUACAGAGAGAAACCCAUCCGUAUCUCGGAAAAGUCUGCCACCAUCGAAAUAAAGCAGCAUCAGGUUGCGGAAGACGAGUUCCUCGCUCUGCACUUGACAACUUCUUCUCCUCAGAGCAACGGUGAAGAGCCUCGUCAAACCAGGAGGCUAACCGAUUUCGUUUUGCAUGAUUCACACGGUGAUCUACAUCCUGUGGAGAUGUUGGAAAUUGCUGACAUUUUCAUUUCGGGUGUGAUUUUACCUUCAGAUGAAUGUGAAGAUGAGAAAGAAAAAGGAGUGAGGUGCGGAGGUUUCGGCCGUAUCGAGCAUUGGAGUAUCUCCGGGUACGAAAACGGUGUUCCUGUGGUUUGGAUCUCGACGGAGUUAGCGGAUUACGCCUCCGUGAAACCGGCUGCGACUUACAGGAAGUAUUUUGAUCAUUUCUAUCACAAGGCGUUGGCUUCUGUUGAGAUUUACAAGAAAGUAGCCAAGUCAGCUGGUGGGAGUCCUGACAUGAGUUUUGACGAGUUGAUUGCGGCGUUGGCGAGGUCGAUGGCCGGAAACAAGUACUUACCUGAUGCUUCAUACGUUCGAGAUUUUGUUACAGUUCAGGGAGAGUUCAUAUAUAAUCAGCUUGCUGGUUUGGAUGAGACGGCCAACAAAAACGAAAUGCGCUUCGUUGAGAUUCCGGUGCUCGUUGCUCUCAGAGAUGAGAAGAGCAAACAGAACAAUCCUGUUCAUAUGGAAGGGGUGUCUUCUACUGGUGCUCUGAAGAUUGAUGGAGUUUCUGACAAUAGAGAGGGAAAGAAACCUGUACAAGACGAAGCUGUUGAUGAGGAUGAAAGGUAUGCUAAGAUUGUACAAGAUGAAGAGUACAGGAAAUCUUUGCAACGGCCUCGAAGAAACGGCGGCAGGGCAGCUCCUUCAAAGAAUGCCUACUUCAAAACCACUGAAGAUGAGAUUGCCAUUGAUUAUCCUCUCCCAGCUUAUUAUAAGACUUCUCAGGAAGAAGCAGAUGAGCUUAUAGUGACUGAGGCUGAUUAUGAGUUUAACUAUGAGGACUUACCUCGCAGUAUGCUUAACAAUUGGGCUCUCUACAACUCUGAUUCAAGGCUGAUAUCCCUGGAGCUUCUUCCGAUGAAGCCUUGUGCUGAUAUGGAUGUCACUAUUUUUGGUUCCGGUUUGAUGAGUGAAGAUGAUGGAACCUGGGUUAGUCUUGAUGAUGAUUCUAAUGCCUCUACUCAGGGUUCUUCUCAUGGUGUGCCCAUUUUCCUCAGUCAGAUAAAGGAAUGGAUGAUUGAGUAUGGUGGUUCCAUGGUCGCGAUUACUAUACGAACCGAUGCGGCUUGGUAUCGACUUGGGAGACCUUCAAAGCAAUACGCUCCUUGGUAUGAACCUGUUUUGAAAACAGCGAGGGUUGCGAUAAGCAUCUUGACUCUGCUGCAGGAACAAACUAGAAUGUCUAAGCUAUCGUUUCUACAUGUCCUCAAAAGGGUGUCCGAGUUCGAGAAGAUCAACAAGGCCUUUCUUUCUUCUAGUCUAGAUGCUGUCCAGAGAUAUGUUGUGGCCCAUGGACAGAUCAUCAUGCAGAUUUUUGCAGAAUAUCCUAACAAAGAUAUCCAAAAGUGUACGUUUAUUACUGAUCUUGCAACUAAAAGGGCGGAUAAGGAAAACAGUAGAUGGACCAUCAAGAAGAAGAAGCAAAUUUUGCAGAAAGAGAAUCUGAACCCAAGGGCAAAUAUGGCACCUGUGGUGUCCAAGAGGAAAGCUAUGCAGGCAACAACAACUCGUCUGAUCAACAGAAUUUGGGGCGAGUUUUACUCCAAUUACUCUCCGGAGGAGGCAGUGCAGGCAGUUGGUGCAGAAGUUGUGGAGGAAGAGGUUGAAGAAGAGGGCGAAAAUGAAGAGGAUGACGCAGAUGAAGCAGAGGAAACUGUGCCCGAACCAGUUGAUGUUCAGAAGUCUCAUACUCCUCCAAAGAAAAUCCGAAGCAGUUCUGGAAAACUGGAAAUAAGAUGGGAAGGCGAGAGUCUAGGAAAAACUUCUGCUGGUGAGCCUCUCUAUCGACAAGCAUUAGUUGGAGGGGAAAUGGUGGCUGUAGGUAGUGCUGUCGUCUUGGAAGUUGAUGAUACAGAUGAAGUUCUGGCCAUCUACUUGGUGGAGUACAUGUUCGAAAGUUCAGAUCACGGCAAAAUGCUGCAUGGAAGAUACCUACAGAGAGGAUCCGAGACUGUUCUAGCGAAUGCUGCUAACGAGAGGGAACUUUUCCUGACUACUGAAUGCCUGAGUGUACAUCUCAAGGACAUCAAAGGAACAGUCAGUUUCGAGAUUCGGUCAAGGCGGUGGGGUUAUCAGUUUAGAAAAGAGAACACGACUGAAGAUAAGCUUGACCGAGCCAGAGCAGAAGAAAGAAAGACUAAAGGUUUGCCAAUAGAGUAUUACUGCAAGAGUUUAUACUUGCCUGAGCGUGGAGGAUUCUUUAGUCUUCCACGAGGUGCUAUAGGUUGUGGUACUGGAUCCUGCAAUUCCUGCAGGAUAAGAGCGGAUGAAGAAGAAAGGUCGAAACUGAAACUUAACGCUUCAAAGACUGGAUUUUUCUCCAAAGGGAUUGAGUAUUCCGUCGAGGACUAUGUUUAUGUCACCCCUGAUUCCAUAACUAGUGAUGAAUCGACAAAGGGCGAUGAGAAAUUCAAGUCUGGUCGCAACAUUGGCUUAAAAGCUUUUGUUGUUUGCCAAUUGCUUGAAGUCAUUGUAAAGGAUUCUAGAAAGGGUUCCUUUGAAGUAAGCGUGAGAAGAUUUCACAGGCCUGAGGACAUCUCUCCGGAAAAGGCCUAUGCCUCAGAUAUCCAAGAGGUGUAUUACAGUGAAGACACAUAUGUUCUCCAUCCAGAGGCUAUUCAGGGAAAGUGCGAAGUCAGGAAGAAGAUUGAUAUGCCUUUACGCCGAGAAUACCCAAUAUCAGAAAACAUUUUCUUCUGUGAGCAUUUCUUUGACUCAUCCAAUGGUUCUCUGAGACAGUUGCCGGCGAAUAUCAAGCCGAAGUUCUCUAAAAUCAAGGACGACACGCUUCUCAGGAAGAAGAAAGGGAAGGGUGUGGAGAGUGAAACCGAUUCCGCGGCUGUCAAGCCUGUUGAUGCAGCUAAAGAGAUGCGUCUGGCGACAUUAGAUAUCUUUGCUGGUUGCGGUGGCUUGUCUCAGGGACUUGAACAAGCAGGUGUGUCUGCAACAAAAUGGGCAAUUGAGUAUGAAGAGCCCGCUGGUCAAGCUUUUAGACAGAAUCAUCCCGAAUCAACAGUUUUUGUUGAUAACUGUAACGUGAUCCUGAGAGCCAUAAUGGAAAGAUGCGGAGAUCAAGACGAUUGUAUCUCCACAACCGAGGCAAACGAACUUGCGGGGAAGCUUGAUGAGGAACAAAAACAAACUCUGCCAAUGCCAGGCCAAGUCGAUUUCAUCAAUGGAGGUCCUCCAUGCCAGGGCUUUUCUGGUAUGAAUCGAUUCAACCAGAGCUCGUGGAGUAAAGUCCAAUGCGAGAUGAUUUUAGCAUUCCUUUCCUUCGCUGAUUAUUUCCGCCCGAGAUACUUUCUCCUUGAGAACGUCAGGAACCUUGUCUCGUUCAACAAAGGACAGACGUUUAGACUCACCCUAGCAUCUCUUCUGGAAAUGGGCUAUCAGGUAAGGUUUGGGAUUUUGGAAGCAGGAGCAUAUGGUGUUUCCCAAUCCCGGAAAAGAGCGUUUAUAUGGGCAGCUGCACCGGAAGAUGUUCUUCCCGAGUGGCCCGAGCCAAUGCACGUCUUCAACGUGCCGGAGCUGAAAAUCUCCUUAUCCAAAGGCUUAACCUACGCUGCUGUUCGUAGUACACAAACCGGCGCACCUUUCCGCCCGAUCACCGUGAAAGACACGAUCGGCGACCUUCCUCCAGUAGAGAACGGUGAAUCCCAAACGAAGAAAGAGUAUCAAGGUGAACCAAUCUCCUUGUUCCAAAAGGAGAUCAGAGGGGAGAUGAUUGUUUUGACAGAUCACAUAUGCAAGGAGAUGAAUGAGCUGAACCUCAAGCGUUGUCAGCAUAUCCCAAAGAGACCAGGCGCUGAUUGGCGUAGCCUUCCAAACGAGAAGGUCAAGCUAAAAAACGGGCAGAGUGAAGAUUUGAUCCCAUGGUGUCUGCCAAACACAGCGAAGCGACACAAUAUGUGGAAAGGACUGUACGGAAGAUUGGAUUGGCAAGGAAACUUUCCAACAUCAAUCACCGAUCCUCAGCCUAUGGGUAAAGUUGGAAUGUGCUUCCAUCCAGACCAAGACCGGAUUCUCACUGUCCGUGAAUGUGCCCGAUCUCAGGGGUUCCCGGAUAGGUAUGAGUUUGUUGGGAACAUAAUACAUAAGCACAGGCAGAUCGGAAAUGCGGUGCCACCACCACUUGCCUAUGCUCUUGGUCGCAAGCUUAAAGAAGCGUUACAACUCAACAACCAACCUUAG